UCCCUGAAUGCCAGGCGGGCAUCCGAUGCCAGAUGAGACCAGAUCCAGACUUGCCUCCCCAACGUGUCCGGGCAGCAUUGGCUGAGCCUUCCAAAUUCCUCACUUCCUUGUUGGGCCCCACCCAGGUGCCCAUCUUGGCCUCUUCUUGCCCCGUGUCCACCGGUGCCCCUUCCUCCCUCCCUCUGGUACCAAGGAUGCGCACCAACCGGCUCCUCAAGUACACCCUCUUCGCCUCCUGCUACCUCUUCUGGGUGACCAGUGGGCUGAUGGUGGCAGUGGGCGCCUAUGCCAGGCUGUCCAGGGAAACGGGGGCAGUGGAGACCCUCCUUGCCGAGCCCUCCAGCCUCCUUCUGGCCGUCGGGGGGCUGACCUUUGGGGUCACCUUUGUGGGCUGUCUGGGGGCCCUGAGGGACCUCCCUAUCCUCCUCAAGGCGUUCACCUGGAUCCUCCUCCUCAUCUUCAUCCUGCAAGUGGUGGCAGCCGUGCUGGGAUUCCUCUUCGCUGGGAUGGUGAGGGAAAAGGCUGCCUUCCUGAUGGGCCAAGCCAUCGCACGCUAUCGCGACAGCCUUGACCUCCAGAACCUCAUCGACUUCAUCCAGAAGAAGUUCGAGUGCUGUGGGGUCCAUUCCUACCUAGACUGGUCCCAAAAUGCCUACUUCCACUGCCAGGAAGGAAAUCCCAGCCUGGAAAGUUGUGCUGUGCCCUUCUCCUGCUGCCUGCCAGGCAAAGAGGCAUUGCUCAACACCAUGUGUGGCUAUGGGACCCAAAACCUCCCAGCCUGGCAGGCAGAGAGCCGGGUAUACACCGAGGGCUGCCUGGAGAAGAUCAGGCACUGGGCACGUGCCAACCUCUUCUUGGUGGCUGGCCUGGCCUGCGGGCUGCUGGUCCUGGAGGUGGGUGGAAAGGGCAGCUGAGGUGCCACUUGGCUUUGUGGCCUAUAGCUGCCUUAAAUGUUAUGGUGCCCUAGCUUGGGCAGUGGAUGGCAUCCCAUGCCACCCUGGAAAGGAAACCUUCUUCUUGCUCUUUGGGGCUACAGUGUCCAGGACAUCCCUAGUGAGGGAUCUGGGGAGUUGUAGUCCCAAAGAGUGCCCACUGUGCCAUCACUUAGAAGAGGGUGAGGAUCUGGAUGGGACCCCCCUGAGGAAACAAAUCAAGGAUCUCUAGAUAGGGCAAGGGA